GCAAGCUUCCGUGGUGCUUGCCGCUCUGGGGCUGCGUUUCUUCCGCUCUGGGACAGUGUUACAGAAAGAUGUUUCUUCAGGAAAGGCUAAAUACGCCAGAACGCGACGGGUGAGCCAGAGACGCCAGCCUCCUGCUGCUGCUGUCGAGGGGGACCUUGGAUGAUCCCUGCCUUCUGAGCCGUCGGGAGCAGCCCUGUCGGGUCCGUGGCGGGCGUGGGGGAGGACUCGCGUGUUGGUCAGCGGCUCUGCCUUCCGCACCCCGCAUGGUUCCGCCCGGGACGCACGGUUUAGUUUAGCAGUCGCGAUCUCCUUGCGGGUUUGGGUUCUCCACGGCGCAGAAGACCGGGGCAGGGCGAGCCCAUUGCCAUCUGGACAGGUGGAAGCCACGUUGGCUCGGGGUCAGCGCUCCUGCCGGCCAGGAGCACGGGAUACCUGUCACCUGUGAACCGUGGGGCUGUGCAUCGCUCACGCCUGCUCACUUCCAACAGUGUCACAAGUCAAGGCCUCGCCUAUAGUUAAAUGGUUUCCCCAAGGUCACCUUUUCUUAACCGUCGUAGAUUGGGAUACACAGUGAGACCCUGUCUCCACAAAACGAACAAGCAGGUAGCCUAAAAAACUCCAAACAAACUAGUUUUGAUUUUCGUUUUCUUCUGCCGCUUUGUGAUCAGAUUUGAAAAGAAACUUUUUGAAACUGGGUGCGGGAAGAAACCCUUUUUUUCCUGGAUGUUUCAUUUUGGAUUAAAUGUAGCUGGUUCAGACCAAGAACGAAGUCUGUAGUACAAACAAACAAACAAACAAACAAACCCUUGUUACUUCAAAUUUGAAUUUGGGGGAGUAAUUUGAUAUUAAUGAGAUAAGAGUAACCAAGGUAAACCAGUUGUUUUACAGAUUCUGUUGGGAUGGAUUUAGAGCCAUCAGGAUGGAAAUAAAACACACGAGUGAAAGCCAUUUUUUAUACCAUCACAUAAUACCUCACUGCUCGCUACCGAGGGCCUUUUUUACUAAAGAAAAAUUGUGCUAACACAAGAAAAGAAGCCUGUAUUUUGGAGACCCACCCGUUAUAAAUAUGUUCCAUCUAAGAGGCAUCUCUCGACUCUCUUGGAGAGCGUUUCAGUUGCGCCCAUUCAGCUGUGAGUCACUAGUCAUUCGAAUGCAGAACUGUACGGAUGAAGAGCAAGUAUUCGAUCUUAUUGAAAGAAAUACGGCCACGCUUUCAGAACAGCAAGUGGGGUGUGCCUUUAGUGUACUCUGGCAGUUUCAGAAGCAGAAGACCAACUUGGAAAAAAAUGUUGAGUGUGUUAGAAACCACCCCCAGUUUCUUACUCUUUGCAAUGUAACAACCAAUCACAUCCAAGCAAUGAGUGAUGACACUCUAGUGAAUGUGUUGUACAGCGUAAAACAGUUUGCUGUUGAAUCCCAUCACCCCCUAGUUGAAGCACUGAUUACAGAAGCUUGGAAAAGGCUGGAAAGGUUUGAUACUAAUGUGCUGUCAGUAUUUUCCAAUUGCCUGGCUGAUCAGCAUUUGUAUUUCAGCCCAUUAAUGGGAAAAAUAGCUGAUAUUGUAAAUAGGAACUUGGAAACCAUACAGGACUUAAGGGCCUUGUCUGUCUUGAUGGUCAGCAUUUCUUCUUUAAUAUCCCACUGUUUUCAAGAACGACUUGUGAACAAAACGGAACUUCUUUUUGAUGCUUUAGAUUCUUCCAAGGUCAACACGGCAAGGAGGAUAUUACUGUUCCUUCGCAAUGUCAAGUGUAGUUAUUACCCACUCUUAGAGAGGUGUAAUAGAGUGUUUAUAAGCAAUAUGAGCCAUCUUGACUUGGAGUCCAUCAGUAGGAUUUUCAGUCUGUAUCAGUCUCUGCAGUUCCACAGUUUUGAGUUUACUGAUGUGGCUCGAAGGAGGUUAGCUGAGAUGAUCCCCGGGUCGGCUGGUCACCCUGCAAGCUUCGUCAGAUUGUUUACCACGUUGGGACCGGUGGCAGAACCUGAGAUAAGGAAACAGCUUAAAUCAGCUCUACUGCUGAUGUCAGAGGAGCUGACCAGCCAGCAAGCACUGACAGUGUUGGGAGCGCUGGGAGACAUGGAAAGCAGAAACGCGCACCUGAUUAAAAAAAUUGCUUCAGUUCUGUAUAAACAUUUGGAUAACUAUAAAUCGAUAGAGCUACUGAAGAUGAUACAAGCAUUGAGUUGUCUGCAUUUCCAAAAUAAGGAGCUUUUGGUAAAACUUAGAGAAUUAAUUCUCAGUCGGUUGGAAGCUAGCGUCACACCAAGUGAGACCUCUGUUCUGGUCUCUGCACUCUCCAUGCUUCCCUCUCCUCACCUCAGCGAAACAGCAGUGUCCCGAAUUGAAGCGGUCUUACCACAGUGUGACUUCAAGGAACUGAGUGAUUUCGUAGUGUCUCUCAUGAGAUGGAUUCAGAAUGAUCACAUAUGCUUGGCCAGCACUACCAGAAAGCAACUGAAUCUCCUUCAAAAAUUAGAUCACUGGGGCCACCAUCGACUACAACAGUGCAGCAGCUUGGCUCUGCUGUGGGAGGAGCUUAAGUCUUUGAGAGGAGAAUGGCUUCACGAGUCCUUUGUUGAGGAGUCAGUUGCUGCUUUACAGCGCCAUGUGGAUGAAAUCGAUGGCACCAACGUGGCAAAGAUCGCGUCUUUUCUUUCCAAAACUAACUACCUCAGCACUCCGCUGCUCGAUAGGAUAGCUUCGGUGGUGGUUCAGCAAAUCGAAAAGAUCCAUCCUUUUUCAAUCCAUGCUAUUAUUCUUCCAUUCAGCAUUUUGAACUAUGAUCCACCUCAAAGGGAUGAGUUUUUUGGAGCGUGUGUCCAGCGCCUUAAUUCUUAUGUAGGUACAUUGGAUCCUGUUACAUUAGUGUUUCUUGGUUUUUCUUUGGCCACACUUGAAUAUUUUCCAGAAGAUCUACUAAAGAAAAUGUUUAACAUUGAGUUCUUAGCCAGAUUAGAUUCUCAACUUGAAAUUUUACCUUCAGCUCUAAGUGCAAGGGUCCAGUUUCGCCUUAUGGAGUUAAAUAGAGCAGUCUGCUUGGAAUGCCCUGAGUUUCAGAUCCCGUGGUUUCAUGAUCGCUUUUGUCAAGGACAGUAUAACAAAGAUAUUGGUGUCAUGACUGGAGCACAGCAGCAGAUCUGUAAAAUGCUAGCGGAAGUCCUUGGAGGACUCAGAUGCGUAAAGGCUUCCACUCUUUCAGCAUAUUACCACAUAGUGGAUUUUGAAUGCGUUUUGGAUAAACGAAAAAAGCCUCUUCCUUAUGGAAGCCGUAGCAUCACUCCAAGGAAAUCAUCGAGAAUAUACUGGGAGUCAAAUACUUCAAGAGCUGAGUCAAGGCUCCCACCAGAGUCUGAGAGGAUUGCUUUAGACUUUUUGGAUGUAAGAGCCUAUUGUUCAAACAUUCCUCACUUAAAAGGAAAAUCAGCUAUGAAAAAGCGACAUUUGGAAAUUUUGGGCUAUCGUGUUAUUCAGGUCCCUUACUUUGAAUGGAACUCUAUGGCACUGUCAACAAAGGAUGCAAGGAUGGACUACCUGAGAGAACGUAUAUUUGGAGCAGACAAAUCAUGACUUCAUUUCAAAUGACUGCAGCAUACCACAUUUGUGUUUCCUUAAGUCGCCUAACUCAAUUAAAAAGUGCUAAGUGCAAAUAUUCUGA